AGAGAUAUAAAUACGGCUCCCCCCUCCUCCUCUAUUUCAUCCCCCGUUCCGAUCGAUCGAAUUCAUUCAUUCAUCCAUCGCCAUGGAUCCUUGUCCUUUUCUCCGAAUCAACGUCGGGAAUUUAGCGUUGAAGUUCCCGGCCCAGUCUAGGUCGCCGCCGGCCGAUUCUUAUUACUGCAAAUUGAAGCUUUGCGGCGGCGGCGGGUUCCCCACUCAGCUCUCCACGGUGCCGGUGAUCCAGGAAUCCGACGAGGUGGUUGAGAGCAGGAUCCACGCGUGCUACACCCUGAGAAAAUCCGAUCUCGAGAGGCUGAGAGGCAAGGGGAAGAAGAGCUGCGGUUUGAGGAUCGAUGUUUUUGCUGCGAGGAGCGCGAUUGGGUGCGGGAUUUUGAAGGGGGCGAAGCGACUGGGGAGCGCGGUUUUGACGCUGGAUUUGAAGAGCUUGUCGACGGGAAUCGGGAGCAGAAGUGUGCUGUUCCAGAACGGGUGGAUCGCGAUUGGGGGUUCUGCGCAACUACAUGUUAAUGUCGGGUCCGAACCCGACCCGAGAUUCGUUUUUCAGUUCGACGGGGAGCCCGAAUGCAGUCCUCAGGUCUUCCAGGUCAACGGGAAUGUCAGGCAGCCCGUUUUCUCCUGCAAAUUCAGUUUCAGGAGCGGCGGCGAUUGGAAUUUGAGAUCCAGACCUUCGCUCUCAGAGCCCAGCACCUCAACCAGCUGUUUCAGUGGAUCGGCUGACAAUGUGAAGCCGGCAAAGGAGCGAAAAGGGUGGUCAAUCACCAUCCACGACCUUUCCGGUUCUCCGGUGGCCGCCGCAUCAAUGGUGACGCCGUUCGUCCCGUCUCCGGGAAGUGACAGGGUGAGCAGGUCAAAUCCGGGCGCCUGGCUGAUCCUCCGCCCCGGACAGGGCACAUGGAAGCCGUGGGGCCGCCUGGAAGCAUGGCGGGAGUGCGGGGCCGGCGACCAGCUCGGUUUCCGGUUCGAGCUGAUCCCCGACGGGAUAACUGACACCGUCACUUUGGCGAACUCGACGAUCAGCAUGAAAACCGGCGGCAGCUUCAGCAUCGACAUCAUGAACGGGCCGACCCCGAUGACGAGCCCGAGCAGCAGCUUCGACUUCAGCUCCGGGUCCUGGUCCGGCCCCGGAUCGGAUAUGGGAUCGACUCACGGGUCCGGGUCAUGGGCGCACCUGCUAUACAGAGGGUUCGUGAUGUCAGCGGGAGUGAGCGGCGAAGGGAAGUGCGGGAAUACGGAGGUGGAGGUCGGGGUGCAGCACGUGAGCUGCACGGAGGAUGCGGCGGCGUUCGUGGCGCUGGCGGCGGCGCUGGAUUUGAGCAUGGAUGCUUGCCGCCCGUUUUCUCAGAAGCUCCGGAAAGAGCUGAGACAGUCGGGUCAAGAAUGACAGUAAUCGGGUCGUUCUUUAUUUGGUUAAGUUUUAAUUUUGUAGUACGUUUGUAUAUUGGCAUUCAUUCUUUUUUUCGCGUGUGGUGACCAAUUUUUCUAUUUGAUUUUUGGAUUGAUUUUCAUGGCCUCAAUUUUUUCACACUUUAAAUCAAUCUAUAGCAAUUCACUUAUUAGACUAGGAAACUAACAUUGUGAUUUAUCUUUUAUUCUUAUACAUAUUUUUAAAUAAAACAAUUAAAAAACAAAAGCUUAUAAGAAAAAAAUAGUCCUUUU